AUGCCUGCGCCAGCAGUGCCAGAGAUCACGGAAGACGUCCUCCACGAGUCAAUUGAUGCCCGAACCGAGUGCCUCGUUUCCCUGCGCGAGCUGGGCCCCCCAGAUCUUGUCCACCUUCUCAAGCAGAACCGCAGCAACCCAGCCCGCCACAUCGGCGUUUACCACCAUGUCACCGGCGUAGAUGCUUCCUCUUCCGCCAGCUUGGCCGCCUACAUCAACACUUUGACGUACAACAAGGAGCAGGGUCCCACCGCCGGCAACAAGAUCACCGAGGGCAUCUACAGCUGCUACAAUGCCUUCUCCCGCCUCGACAUGCGCGUGCACGUCACCAUCCCCGGAACCGUCGAGAGCUACUGCGUCGACGAGCGGGGCGAGAAGCGCAAGGCCACCGAGGAGCUGUGGCUCGAGACCUACCUGUGCAGUGUCCUACGGGCCUACUCGUAUGCAGACGACGGCAGCGGCGACACCAUUCGUAAGAUCAUGGGCGUCCGCCGCUUCAACCCCGUCACCAACACCGAGACCGAGCACCGAUUCCUCAGCGCCGCCGAGAACCUGUUCUUCAGGGGCUGGCAGGUAGGCUCAGAUUCCGUCGUCCAGGUCCCCAACAACGUCUCCAACCACCUCACUGCGGGACUGCUCAAAUACUUCCACACCACCGGUCGCUUCGCCUCGGCCAUAAACCUCUUCGAGAAGCUGCGCUCACAAAACGUCGAGGUCUCUUCGCUACUGGCCAAGGUCCUCUUCAUGGGCAACGAGGAAGUCCAAGGAGUCCGCAUAUUGUAUGAGGCCCUGAAGGAAUCCCCCAUGGACUAUGUCAUGCUCGACACCCAGGCCGAUUUCCUCAUGAAGAAGGCGGUGACCGCUGGCACCGCUGAACAAAAGGAGGAGCGCCUCAACAUGGCUCUGGGCUGUGCCGAUCGCAGCACCAUUGCCGCCCCCAGCGAGUUCGGCACCUGGGCAAGACUGGCUCAGAUCUAUGUUGCCAAAGAGGACUGGGAAAAUGCUCUGACCAUCCUGAACUCGUGUCCCAUGUUCACCUACCAGGACAAGGAUGCACCUUUGAUGCCUGAACCCAAGGACGUUUACCUGCCCACUCUCGCAGAGACACGACUAGACGAGAUCGACAGCGAGCCCGAAUCGCGUCAGUACGAGCAAGUGGAUUCCAGCCUGCUCAACCUCAGGGCUGCUGCCUACAAAGGCACUUUCAAGCAGGCAUAUGCCAUCCUGACCGAGAUGACGGCAAAGAUUGGCUGGGAUCAGCUGCUCAAGAUCCGAAGCAACGUCUUCGUUAUGGAGGAUGAGUACAGGACUGAGCGACAAGACGCCCCUUCGGCUGCGCCGGCAGAUCGUAACCCCAGUAUCGAUGGCUUGCGCGGGUCUCCUGAGCCCACCAACGGCGAGCAAUCGGACCACGAAAACGGAGACAAGCCACCCAAAGCUGAAGAUGCCGACUCCACUGCGCCGCCGUUGACGAACGGCAAGGAGGCCCCCGGUGUCGAGAAGCCAGAGCACGCCAUUGACCCAGGCGAAGUCAAGUCCGAUGCCGCUCAGUCGGACCCUAACAAUACGGCAACGACUGAGCAACACUUGUCCCGGCUCAACAAUAAGCGACUUUGUGAGCGCUGGCUCGAUAGUCUUUUCAUGGUGCUCUACGAAGACUUGCGCGUCUACACCAUCUGGCGCACACAGAUGGCACAGUACCGCGCCCAAUCUAUGCAAUAUAAGAAAUCCGCCGAGGAAUGGGAGAUCCUUGGCUCCCUGGCCGAACGCCUGCAACAUCACGAGGAAGCCGUGGAGGCAUACCGCGCAUGUUUGUCCCAACGCUUCAGCCCCAAGGCCCUAUCCGGUAUUCUCCGCGUCUUCGAAAAGCAGAAGAACACGAGAGAAACGAUCGCCAGCGUCAUCCGUCUGGUCGCAUGGCAAUACCGCUGGUACAGCGAGUUCUCCCCGGAACUACUCUACACUAUCCGCACCCUGAUAGAAGACGAAGGUGCGGUCAAGGUGAGGAGUAUCAUUCAGGCCACAAGUCUGAAUCAGAGCGUGUUGGACCUGACGCAUCAUUACGCCGCGUUGUGCCACACUUUCAGGAGCAGUGGGACCGACGGCUAG